AGUGUAUUCGUUGAUAUAUCGCAGAUCAGUUCUUAAACCUUUCUUCCAUCAUGCCACUCAUUGCAAACCCCAACCUGUCUUUCAUGUCUCGAUACGUGCCGCAGCUGGCUGCCCGCCGACUUUGUGGAAGGACACUCCCCGCGUUUCCCAGUCUCACCCGACAUGCCAGCAGCUAUCAAACACCUCAACUGGGCAGCUUUACGCUGCCAGCGGUUAAAAAUGAAGAAAUGCGAGACUAUGCUCCUGGAAGUGUAGAUAGGCGGAAGCUUCAGGAAGCUCUGGCAGAGAUGCGUGAGCAGUUAUUGAAAGAAGGACCAUUCAAGGUUCCAGUUAUCGUGAACGGUGAACAUAUUACAACAGACAGCGUGAACACACAAGCCCUACCAUUUGAGCACAGGACAACACUCGCAUCAUUCCAUGAGACCGAUGCCUCUACCUUGCGGAAGGCGAUUGAUUUGGCGUUGAAAGUCAAGCCGGAAUGGGAGGCAAUGCCCUUUAAUGAUCGAGCGGCAAUUUUCUUGAAAGCUGCAGACUUGUUGGCAAACAAGUACCGCUACAAACUCAUGGCUGCGACCAUGCUUGGGCAAGGCAAAAACGCAUGGCAGGCGGAAAUUGAUGCAGCUGCAGAGCUUUGCGAUUUUUGGCGCUUUAACUGCCACUUUGCUGCCCAAAUAUAUGCGGAUCAACCGGUCAAAAACAGUGCAACGACGUGGAAUAGAAUGGAAUACCGUCCCCUGGAAGGUUUUGUUGUUGCUUAUUCACCCUUCAACUUCACCGCAAUUGGAGGAAACCUCGUGAGUGCUCCGGCACUCAUGGGCAAUGUUGUGCUAUGGAAGCCUUCUCCAAUGGCAAUGUAUUCCAACUACUUGGUGUAUGAGAUUCUGAGGGAGGCUGGACUUCCUGAUGGUGUCAUUCAGUUUGUACCGGGGAAUGCGGAGUUCAUUGCAAAGGAAGCGUUCAGUCACCCAGAAUUUGCAGGACUGCAUUUUACCGGUAGCACUGCUGUGUUUAAGCAUCUGUGGAAACAGAUCAGCAACAACAUUGAUGUCUAUAAGUCAUACCCACGCAUUGUUGGCGAAACCGGGGGCAAGAAUAUGCAUUUUCUACACAAGAGUGCGGAUGUCAGAAGUGCUGCAUUGCAGACUAUUCGGGGAGCUUUCGAGUACAACGGACAAAAGUGCAGUGCCACCUCUCGUGUCUAUGUACCGGACAAUCUUUGGGAUGAGUUUCGCAACAUUCUGGUGGAUGAGACAAAGGCACUGAAGAUGGGACCUGUUGAUGACUUCACCAACUUUGUUACCUCGGUAAUCAAUGAGCACUCAUUUAACAAGAUCACCAGCUACCUCAACGAUAUCAAAUCUGGAUCUGAUCCUAAGACGAAAAUCCUUGUUGGAGGCAAUUCAUCCAGCACUGAAGGUUAUUAUAUCGAGCCCACAGUAAUCGUCACCGAGAACCCACACGCCGUGACAAUGAAGCAGGAAUUGUUUGGCCCCGUUGUCACCGUUUAUGUUUACCCCGCCGACAAGUUCGAGGAAACGCUCGAACUGGCGGAAACCACGACACCUUAUGCCCUUACUGCUGCACUAUUCGCCCAAGAUCGGGAGGCCAUAGUUACGGGUAGCAAUGCUCUACGUCACGCGGCCGGUAACUUUUACAUUAAUGAUAAGUCUACUGGAGCUGUAGUUGGUCAGCAACCAUUUGGCGGAGGCCGUGCUUCGGGGACUAACGACAAAGCUGGAUCGGGAUUGAACCUGCUCCGAUGGGUGUCACCGCGGGUUAUUAAAGAAACGUUUGUCCCACUCGGAUCCGUAGCGUACCCCUCCAAUGUGGCUGAUUUCAAAAGGGAAUAAGCAAUAAACAUAGAACCAGCUGUACACUUUUAGUCAUUCUCCGUUGCUUCUAGAUACUCUGUAAACGAAAUGCAGUGUGUCUUCCUGUUUCACGAUAACUAUCUAUUCCCAGUAUCUUUCACAGA